AUGGACAGCUGCCGCAUGCCCGGCAAGUGCAGCCAGUUGGGCAGCUCAUACAAGAAGGGCAACCCAGUGGGAUGGGGGGACAGUCCCAACACGGGCCUUGGUCAAGACAUCCCACCCCAGAAAGACCGCAAGCCAGAUUGGGACCGCAUUUUGUUAGGUACUCGCAGUCCGGAUCAGGGCAGCCCAAUCAACCACAGCAACAAAGUCUGGGGGCUUCUGAGGUUUUACGACAAAGGCAGUGGCAGCAGUGGUCUCAACAAGUCCGUCAAGGCCUGGAGCAGGAGGGGCAGCAGGGGCCAGUGCGCGGGGGCCGGUUUCGUGGGGGUGUCCAGCAGCAUCCGGUUGUCGACUUCCGACGAAGAGGUAUACGGGGCGUGGUUCGGGCAGAACGUUGCAGACCGUCUCAUCCUCAAGGAUGGACCCAAGCUCCGCGACUUCAUUUCGACGCAUUGCGACACCGGUGAAGGGUUGCUCGUUGCACGCCGCGAGUUCAGGGGUGCAUUUCAAGCAUGGCAGGAUGGAGAACCCGUUCCUCAAGGCCUACCCGAUGCUAUGAACGCAUUGGGCUACGUUUCUUCGACGAGGGCAUAUGGUACGAAUAGGAAGUCCACCGGGGUCUACGUCGGCUUAGGCCUGCGCUCACAGCAGCAUCCGGUGGUCGAGGUCGAGACCGCCGCUCCUGAACCUGACGUCGAGGAAACCUCCGGCGAAGAGGUGCGCGCCCAGCAGAGCGACCGGGACUUGGUCCUCGACAACCAACUCUUUGGCGAGUUCCGAGGUGCCAGGAUGAGGAAGACUGACGACGUGCCCCCCAAGAUCAGCAUCAUCGACCUGAUUGCUGCUGUGACUGGGGCCUUAAAUCCCAGGCAAACCUGGUCCGAACUAUCCAAAAAGUUCGUGGAAGAAGGUGUCCAUUUUUUUGGACACCCUCGCAAAGUUCCCAGGGCAAGGGCAAAACGAGAAGCCGGUGACGGAUGCAAGGUUGUGGUCACUAUCAUCAACCGUUUGGGUGGGCACCGAAUCAGGAAGACUGACGACGUCCCGCCCAAAAUCAGCAUCAUCGACCUUAUUGCAGCUGUCACGGGGGCCUUUGAAUCCCAGGCACACCCUGUCCGAAGGUGUCCAGGUUUUGGACACCUUCGCAAAGUUUCCAGGGCGAGAGCAUAA